UUUGUCAGACAGCGGAAUUCCUCAGUCCCGCUUCCCCCCAUACAUAUUCUUAAUCAGAUAAAAUCCUUUAGCUUGAAUCUAUACUUUAAUUGGAUAUAUUCUAUUUCACAUUGAAAGAAAACAAGAGUCAAAGAAAUCAAAAACAAUGACCGACCAAUUCGCCUUCUCUUAUCCCUCCCCGCUAGAGGGCUACGAAAACCUAGAGCCACUGUCGGAUGAGAGAAACGCCGACGGCAAGUCGCUGAAAAACCCGCAACAUGGGAUCUUGAGUAAAGCCUACGAGGAGUUUCCGGAUCCGCUAUCAAAGGACCGAAGAGGAGGGUUCGAUAUUCACAUUUAUCACUUUCAGAACAACCCAGACCAGGUAACAUUCGCAAAGGCUCUUUACGAGCGAAUCCGACGUGAAUUUCCCGAACUUCGAAUAUACGCCUUCUUUGACAAACCCGUCGGUCCACACCCGAUCGCAAUGUUCGAAGUGAAUCUAUUUACCCCCGCGCAAUUCGGCGCUUUUGUGCCCUGGUUAAUUGUGAAUCGGGGUCCCCUGAGUGCAUUGCUGCACCCGAACACAGUCGAUUCCGAAGAGGAGCGAAAUCACACGCAGCGGGCGACUUGGCUGGGGGAAAGGGUUCCGUUGGAUUUGCGGAUCUUUAAGCUGGAGAAGGAAAGGCAGAGGCAGGAGUUAAUAGUUAAUGAAUUGGAAUGA